AUGUCACCCCAAGGCUACCGCGAAGAGCUGGCACUGCUCUUCGGACCAAGCAUGAAUCAAAUUCCCCUGGUCCAAGGUGCAUCCAGAUCCCAGUGUGACCAAUUCUGGGACUCGCAUAAUGCGUGGCUAUCACCUUGUGCAUUGCCCUACCUAGCAUUCAUCCCGGCUAUAAUAGUAUUGCUUAUUGCAUUAAGCCAUAUACUUGGAUACUUCUGCCAGCGAUGGCGCCCCAAGUGGACUGUUCCUUUCAUUUCCGAGCAACAUGAUAAUGAUACACAAGAACUCCCGCUAGAUCAGCCCAAGCAAUCAUUGCGAUGGACUGUCUCUCUUCUUAUAUUUUCGGCUACUGGGCUUCUAGCUGAGACAGUUCAAUUUGGUCCACCGAAAAUUGACGCCUCGGCGUUUGUCCUUGUUCUCUCAUGGGCCACAGCAUCUAUUCUGGUCGCGGUGAAGCGGCCCAGAUCAUGUUCUAUCUCGAUGCUGGCGUAUUAUGUCUUAGCAUUUGCAGUUGAACUUUCUUUAGCGACUCACCCAGAUGUAUGCCCGAAAUUCAAAAGUGUUGCUCGCUAUAUUGCCGUAGCGGCGGCAGCAGCAGCCUGUGCAACAAUCCUCCUAAUGCCGUUCCGCGAACCUUCGCUGCCAUCAAUAGAUAUAAGCGAUGUUGGCCAACAGCCAUCCAAUGACUUCCGCACACCAGAAGACAAUCUAAGGCUUUGGCAGUUCCUCACAGUGUCGUGGAUGGCACCGCUUAUCUCAACUGGGUGCAAAAGACAACUACAUGAACAAGAUGUCUGGUUGCUUGGAUUCGACUUCCAACAUAGCCGAUUACAUGAAAAGUUUCGUCGACUUCGUGGUUCUGUCCUCAGUCGACUGUUGAGAGCCAAUGGAAUUGAUGUUUUUAUCAUCUCUGCCAUCUCGCUUGUCCAGAUGAUAUGCGACUUUUCUACUCCGGUUCUAUUACAGCAACUAUUGCAGGCCAUGAAAGACCCGUCCCGACCAAAACGCGUACCUUUGACCUAUGCUUUGAUGUCCUUCGCUCUUCGACUUGUCGCUGCACAAUCUCAGAUGUUACUUCUGUGGUACGGAAGAAGAUCCUAUGAACGGUCGAGGGGUGAAAUGAUCAUGAUGGUCUAUGAAAAAGCCCUUUCACGCAAGAACAUAUCUGGGCUGAUGAUCGAGGGUACCACAGGAUCAUCCGACGAGGAAAUUAAUAGUAUCAAUGAUGAGGCUACAGUUCAAGAGAGCCAUCAACCCCCAACCAAAACCGUGGAGGGAUUCUGGCACCGUAUCAUUUCUCGCAACCCAAAGGCCCCACAGAAACAAGCCAAAGAAGCUGCAUCACUUGGCAAAAUCUUUAAUCUCUUGCGCGGAGACGUAUAUGAAGUUGCGCAGAGAUUCUGGGAGGUUGACUCGUUGAUUGACAAGCCGCUAGGACUCGUGAUCGCUACCUUCCUUGUCUGGACACUCUUCGGUCCGUCUUGUUUCCUGGGAAUAUUAGCCGUUCUAGUUGCACAGAUCGUGAAUGCACUGGUAACCAGAGCUCUCCUCCGUUGGGAGCGGGUCAGACGAGUGGCAACGGAUACAAGACUCCAAAUAACUUCGCAAUUCGUGGAAGCAAUCCGUCAUCUGCGAUGGUACGGGUGGCAGAAUCAUUGGCUCCAGCAGGUAAUGGAGGCCCGACAGCAUGAGUUGAAUAUUCGAAUUGUGACUAGUUUGUGGAGUAUCUUGAUUCGCUUUAUCAACGCUUUCGCAAGUGGGGUGUUUCCAGUGGUUGCGUUGUACGCAUAUACCUUUUUGGCCGGGCAUGAGCUGCGGAUUGAUAUUAUCUUUCCCGCAUUGCAGUUGUUUACCAUGCUAGAGACCCGUCUUCGGGAUAUCCCUGGCCUUAUCACAUCGCUUAUCAAUGCCUUCAUUGCCCUUGGACGUAUCGAGGAUUUCAUGUCCGAACCAGACAAGGAGAAUCUGCCUUCUGAGCCCCUGACGAAUGAUACACCACUCUCGAUGCAGUCUUGUUCGUUCGCAUGGCCAGGAAAGAUCUCACCCGUCCUUGUUGAUAUCGAUGUCACCAUCCCCAAAGGACUGACUGUUGUCACCGGCAAGGUCGGUGCUGGAAAAACCGCCUUUCUGCAAGCUCUUUUAGGAGAACUCGAUAGACUUGACGGCUCGGUGCAUAUUCCAAACGAAAUGGUGGGAUAUUGUGCGCAAACCCCGUGGCUACAAAGCAUGAGUAUUCGUGAUAACAUUCUCUUCUCCGCUCCCUACCAUGACCAGCGGUACAAGCGGACACUGGAAGCCUGCGCCUUGCUCCCGGAUCUUGCUCAAUUCAAACAUGGUGAUUUGUCGUUUGUGGGUGAAAAUGGCAUUGGUUUAUCAGGUGGACAAAAAGCGCGAGUCGCUCUGGCAAGGGCUGUCUAUAGCGCAUCGCGGAUCUUGCUUCUGGAUGAUCCCUUGUCUGCGUUAGAUCACAAUACUGCGGAGCUGAUAGUCCGCAAAUGCUUUUCGGGGCCGUUGAUGAAAGACAGAACUAUCGUUCUAGUGACGCAUCGAACUACGUUGGUUCGUCAAAUUGCAGAUCAAAUUAUCAACGUUUGUGAAAAACAUGCCACUGUUUACGACAAAGAUACCAUCAAACUUGCUCCGACCGAGUCCUCUCUGCAAUUUAUUGACCAUGAAAACGAAACAGAGGUGGAAACCACCCUCGAGGAGGAGACGGCUGCCAUACCUGAUAAAUUCAUCGAGGAAGAGCAUCGAGCAGACGGGGGAGUCAAGGCCCGAGUCUAUUGGAAUUAUAUCAAGGCCGGAAAGUACCGAUGGUGGCUUACUCUCGUCCUGAUCCUGGCAAUCUACCGACUGAUGGCUGUUGGGCAAUCAUGGUUCCUCAAAGGGUGGGGAGAAGCCUAUGAGCAGACAACUGUUCUUCGAGGGGAUCUCUCAAACUGGAGUGAGAGGUCAUCACAAGGCGCCGGGUCAGUUUCGAGCUUAAGCAUGCCUCCGAACCCUAUAGUCCAACUGCCGUCUCCGCGUGAGGAUGUGCGACCCUGGCUAUGGACAUUUUUUGCGAUCAUUUUUUUCCAAGCGGCUACACUCCUUGUCGCUCAGCUUCUAAUGCUGGUCAUUGUGUAUUAUGCUGGGCAGUCACUGUUCCGACGGGUCUUGGUCCGAGUUAGCCACGCGACUUUCCGAUACUUGGAUACAAUCCCCCUCGGGCGCUUGAUGAACCGUCUCACCUCUGAUAUUGGAGUCGUGGAUGGUAACAUUAGUGAGCAAUUCCAGGUGAUUGCGUUCCAGGCAAUCACUUGGAUCUCCUCCGUCCUGGUAAUCGCCACCGCUACCCCGGUGUUUUUAUUGUUCUCCCUGGCUCUCACAGUUGCCUUUGUCCUGGUAUUCCUCCGUUUCCUUCCCACAUCUCAGAGCCUACGACGACUCGAGAUGGUGUCCCUAAGUCCUUUAUUGUCCAACUUCGGCGAGCUAUUGCAUGGUCUGACCACCGUCCGAGCUUUCCAUGCAGAGUCACAGUUCCAGAACCGGGUUAUAUCUGUGGUUGACAAGUUCCAGGGAAUGGAUCAUUUCUACUGGUCACUCCAGAGCUGGCUCAUGUACCGAUUUGAAAGCUUAUCCGCUUUUUCAACAUUCUGUCUAACAGCUCUGGCUUUGUACACGAAUACCACACCAGGGCUAGUAGCAUUCGUGCUUAUUGCUGCCAACAACUUCGUCGAUUCCACACAUGCAUUGUGCAAGCAGUACGGCCAACUUCAAAUGGACUUUGUGUCGGUGGAGCGAGUCGACGAGUUACUCCACAUCGAAGAAGAAACCCCUGGGACCAUCGCUCCCCCAGCUGCAUGGCCGACUUACGGUAGCGACGUUAUCUUCGAAGAUGCAACUCUCCGUUACGCACCACAUCUCGACCCCUCACUUACAAACGUUUCUCUUCGCAUCCCCGGCGGAUCGACCACAGCGGUUAUGGGCCGUACUGGCAGCGGCAAGUCCACUCUGGCGAUGUCGCUUCUGAGCGUCAUCAGACCUGAAUCCGGUCGCAUUCUCAUAGACGGUAUCAACAUCGCCGACGUCAGCACACAAGCAUUGCGCACUCGAGUUACCUUCGUCGCGCAAGAUCCCGUCCUUUUCCCUGGUAGCAUCAGACUCAAUCUGGACCCGACAGAAGAUUAUUCCGAUGAGUUGUGCACCGAAAUCCUGGAUCGUCUGUGUAGUCGGCACGGCUGGCAUCUUGGGACGCAUAUUGAGGCUGGAGGAAAAAAUCUUAGCCAAGGUCAACGGCAACUUAUCGCUCUGACACGGGCUGUCCUUCGUCGAAGCGCAAUUGUCAUUCUCGACGAGGCGACUGCUUCCGUUGACCAUGAUACUUCUCUUGAGAUUCAACAGAUUAUCCGGGAGGAGUUGCAGCAGUCUACUGUCAUUACGAUUGCGCAUCGCAUAGAAGCUGUCAAGGAUGCGGAUUACUUUGUGAUUUUGGAUCAGGGGCGGGUUUCGAGACAGGGACAUGUGCGGGACUUGUAG